AUGGUCAAGGGUGGGGGUAGCAUAGAUGUGUGGGUGAUGGAUGAGUAUGGGGUGGCUGAAUCAUGGGUGAAGCGCAAUAAUGUCUCCUCACAGUGUAUCAGUAGCUUCUUUUUUGGAUAUUCAUCACACAAUGAGAUUUGUAUUGUAAAUGACAGCGGUCAUCUUCUUUUGUACAAUCCAGCUGCACAAGAGGAUAAUAUCUUGAAGAAAUCUUUUUAUGAGAAUUACCGUGUGAGUAAAAUCGUGGAGUAUGUUGACAGCCUUGCUUGGGUAGCAUCUGCCAUUCGGUGA